CGUAGUUCAUGUGGUUCAGGAUGGGCCACCAUUGUUUCCAAAUUAGAUAAGCGUAGGACUUUAUAGCUGUGGAUAUCUGUGCUGUAUUUGUCGGGAAUAACGAAAGAAUUUGUGGACUGUGUGACGCUAAUAACUUGUGACCAGAGCGAACAAUCGUAUAUACGUUUGCCAGACGAGCCGACUGCCACAUUUAUUCCAAGUACGGGAGUACGAAGAACCGAACUUUUAUAGAACUACCGACUUCACUUCCAGUUUGUUGCAUUCGGUGGUGAGAGGUAACCAUGCCUCCGAAUCGAAAACCUGGAAGCGUGUCUGCGUUACGUCGAGUUAGUCAAGGAUUGAGUCACAGCUUCCCGAGUGCUACGUUGUCGCGUGCAUUAGGACAAGUGGAUAGGAAAAUGGAUUUGAGCAGUAGUUGCUUUGCUGCCAUCAGGAUGGAAAAGGGUGCAAUUGACGAUGAGGAACUGACGAGUUUGAGUUGGUUACACAGUUCAGACCUGUUAAAAAAUAUGAAUGGAACUGAUUUGGAAAACGAUCCACUCUCAAAGGAGAAUGAUGUGAACGGUCUCUCAGACAGGUCAGGGAAUUUAAACUUGGCACACCCACCAAACGCACCAUACGAUGCCAAGCAACAGCUCAACAGCAAACCACCAUUCUCUUUUAGUUGCCUUAUUUUCAUGGCGGUUGAGGACUCUCCCAAUAAACGUCUUCCAGUCAAGGACAUUUACCAGUGGAUUUUAGAUCAUUUCCCGUACUUCCAGAACGCCCCGACAGGGUGGAAAAACUCAGUACGACACAACUUAUCUCUCAAUAAAUGCUUCAAGAAAGUGGAAAAAGAAAAAGGCCAGACAAUUGGUAAAGGGUCCCUGUGGUGUAUUGAUCCAGAGUAUCGGCCGAAUCUCCUACAAGCGUUAAAGAAGACCCCCUAUCAUCCAUACCACCACAUUUUUACAACUCCACCCCAGUCUCCGCAUAGCACACCACUUUCAACCAUAUCAAGUAUUUCAAAUACUCAAGGCUUGUUUUCAUCGUCUGCAGCUCAUUUGCCAAUAUUUCAACAUAUUCUACAACAGAACAACCAGAGAUUGCACCAGGGGAACCAUCGAUCAAUAGAUGAUACAGAAGCUGACGCAGCAGCAACCAUGAUGACCCUGACGACUCCCCCUGAUCAACGUGCGGCUGAACAUGCACGCUUGAAGCAAGAAACAACGAGUUUGUCAUCUGCUUCCCAGCUAUCCAAGGACUUCCAAAAAUGGACAAUGACGACUACUAAUAAUACAUCAGUAUUCAGACAACAACUCAGGCCGUGGUCUAUUAACAAUAAUGUACAAGACAAAAGAAAACCAAGAAUGACAUCAACACCUUUGAUGAAGGCGCGAAGCAAGCAGUCCACUCCACCUUGCAAUGAGGACCAUACAUACAGUAUGACUAGCUCUAUCAGCGUCCCGACUGAGAAUGGCAGUUUUUCCUCCGAGGAAGAUCCUCUUGAGAGCGACGGCAGUGAUUUCACAGAUGAGACGGAUUCCGAGAUGGAGCAUGACGGCAAGAUACUAAGACAUUUUGACAGUGGCUACAUUAAUGAUGACGGUUUUGAUGAAGAAUUGAAGCCAAUCAAGUUGGUCUGUGAUAGUAGCUUGCCGAUCAAGAAACGCGUUCCGCGGGCUAACUUUGCCGAGGAAGAGAUGAGAAUAGUGGAAGGUGCUGAUGCCUUGUUGAAUUUAGCAGGCAUUAAGACCACUUCCAUACCAAUCAGAUCAAUCAGCCCAAUACACAACAACAGUCAUUCUGCCAUUUCUACUGCCACCACGUCUUAAUAUCGAAGGUUAUACGUGAUACCGAGGGCAGAGUGCAAUUUGUGUAUUACAAUCGAUAUGUUCUGAAGGGCUGAAGAGUGUACAAUCAGUGAGUUGGGAUGUUCCUUAAAGAUGACUGGACAUAAACCGGACUUGCUCAAACGAGCUUCAAUUCUGUAUUCUUUUUUUUGUUUGUUUUUUCUUCAGUUGAGCCCAUUUAUGGAUAAUGCUGCCAUGUUGUCUGAUUCUUGGGGUUUAUUCAGGGAUCUUGUAAGUUAAAAUCAUGAAAAUGUCCUUCAAAUGAAAAUGAGUAGGGAGGGACGCGAAUAGUUUUACAAGGGUGUGGUGCUAGUAGCUUGAUGGUUUUCUGGUCAACAUAGUGACCACAUGCCGUAGGAUUACAGAGCGGGUAAAAAAAAACAAAAAACAAAUCAAGUCUUAGUUUGAAUAUUUUUUCUAUAAACAACUGCCAUUUAUCUCCUUACCCCACAGUAUUACUGCAUUCACACUUACAUACACAUGUCUCGUAGAAAUACUAUGGUAAAAAAAAAACACGCAUUGUUUAUAUAUAUGAUGCAAGUAGACUCCAUGCAGUUUCCAUAACAACCUAACAACCUUAAUACAAUUUAGCCUCAGACGAGCGGCACAUUUUCAGUCGACUUAAUUCGGCUUUAGUCUGCCUAGGAAUAUUCAAUCCCUUUAAUAGAGGGACAACAAAACUGAUGAAGACAAUGGUUCUAUUUUAGUACAGCUAUAACUGUUGUAUGUAAUUAUAAAAAAAAAAAAAGAUGCAAUAUUCACCAUGUGACAAAAACGGAUACAUGCCUUCCCGUGGCUGUGUCUAGUAAGAGGUGAAAUGAGAAAAGGCGAUUAGUAUAGCGAGAAUUUGACAACUGCUCACAAAGUGAAGUCAGGUUGG